AUGGCGAAUACGAAAGCAACGUCUCAAAUUCCAUCGAGGGCCAUAAACUCAGGUGGUGGUGGUGGGGUUUGUAUGAUGAGCAACACAUGGAGAGAUGAACAACACCCAUCUUUCAUCAACUUCAUUUCCACCUUCCUCACUGCAAACGCUUUCCGUCUUAACUUUGUCCCAAUUGCCCCUGACUUCAUUUUCAACUGUGGGGGUUCAUCUGUGGCAUUCAUCUUUGUGACAAGCUUGGAUCCCACUUGCAUCUCACAAAUCUUCGGCAGAGUUCAAAAGCUGAAGCUGCAAUUUGCAAAUCUAUACGUUGUCAUCACCCUCCCAACCAAGGAGAAAAAUGAUUUGUUUGUUCGUUCUUACUUCAAAUUCGAAAUGGAGCUUGGUAAACCCACAUUCGUUCUGGUUAAGGACUUGGAAAUGGGGUUUGAAAAGAUGAGGAAGCAAAUUGUGCAAGCAGUGAACGUGUUUCAAAGAGUGGUCACAUCCAUUCCGGGUAUCGACAAUCAUGAUGCGAAUGCGCUUAACCAAGCGAUUGGUUCAAUUGAAGCAAUUUCCAAGGCAUCGAAGGAGCAAAUUCUGGAAAACACAGACCUCUCUGCUGACAAGGCAGAAGUAGUUUCAAGGUUUUUCAGGGAUCCAAAGUUUUACCUGAGUCCCAAGAUCAACUGA